GGUUAUAAGGGGAGCUUGACCGUGGGUGCAGCCUGGACCCACCAUGGCUCACUGGCCCCCCAGCCCUGCCCUGGCGUCCGUCCUACUGGCCUUGCUGCUGAGUGGUGCUGCCCGAGCUGCGGAGAUCGUGGGCGGGCACGAGGCGCAGCCACACUCCCGGCCCUACAUGGCCUCCCUGCAGGUGCGGGGGAGCCUGGGCAGCCACUUCUGCGGAGGCACCUUGAUCCACCCUAGCUUCGUGCUGACGGCCGCGCACUGCCUGCAGGAUAUACCCCACCGCCUGGUGAACGUGGUGCUCGGAGCACACAGCGUGCAGACGCAGGAGCCCACCCAGCAGCGCUUCUCGGUGGCUCAAGUGUUUCAGAACAACUACGACGCUGAGAACAAACUCAACGACGUUCUCCUCAUCCAGCUGAGCAGCCCGGCCAACCUCAGUGCCUCCGUCGCCACAGUCCAGCUGCCACAGCAGGACCAGCCAGUGCCCCACGGCACCCAGUGCCUGGCCAUGGGCUGGGGCCGCGUGGGCACCCAUGACCCCCCAGCCCAGGUCCUGCAGGAGCUCAAUGUCACCGUGGUCACCUUCCUGUGCCGGUCACAUAACAUUUGCACUUUCGUCCCUCGCCGCGGCGCCGGCAUCUGCUUCGGAGACUCAGGUGGCCCCCUGAUCUGUGACGGCGUCAUCCAGGGAGUAGACUCCUUCGUGAUCGGGGCAUGUGCCACCCGCCAUUUCCCCGACUUCUUCGCACGGGUAGCCCUCUACGUGGACUGGAUCCGUUCCGUGUUGCGCCGCGUGGAGGCCGAGGGCCGCCCCUGAGCUGCCCCUCCCACAGCGCUGGCCGGGACCCCGAGCCCGGCUUCAAACCCUCGAGGGGGAUCUUUGGACAGAAGCAGCUCUUCCCCAAACACUGUGGCGUCCGGGACGGCCCCACCCGUCCCCCCAAACUCCCUCCCACGGGGCUCCGGGAGACAGGCCGGCCCUGCACCUCACCCCACCGUGACCUCAAUAAACGUUGAAACUCCCCCUG